ACAUUCAUAAAGCCAAACAGCAUGCUGGCCGUGGCGACGUGCCCUCUCCACAGUUGCUGCUCGCUUCUGCUUUCGCUUUUGAACAACUCGUGUCGCCGAAGCCUGGCUCUGAUUGGGCAGGAGCUGAAUAGGGAAGUAAGAAGCGUCUGUUUUUUUUUAAUUUUUUGACCUGCGCAUGAAAUCAUGGUAAAUAAGUGAAGGCACGGAACACAUAGGUGAACCAUCUUUUUCGGGUAAUUCGGACACAAUAAAUGCUCUCCCUACGAGGCAGAGAAAGAGAGGCUUCACUCUAGCGAUGGAUUAAUGUGAGAGGUCACACUUUCUUCCUGUUCGGUUCGACUCCAGGAAGGGAAUACAUUUCCGACUUUUUUUUUUUUGUUUAAAUGAAGAUUAAUGAGCCGCGAGCGAGCAGAGAUGGACCAUGCACGAGCGCCUGACACACAGGAAAGCAAGACUGACAGAAGGUUGAUCAACAGCGCUGCUUCCUCUGCUACGAAUAAAAAGAGGCCAAUAAGAAGAGUCAAAAGUCCAUCUGCACCAAGAGCAUGGCUGUCCAUGUCUUACAAACCAAAGUUUGGAGGGCAUGUCUAUAAGCCUCGUUUUCCAGGACCCAGCCAGUCAUACCACAAAGCUGGUGUGAGCAGUCCUAGCCAGCACUACCUGAAGCCCUGGGCUUCCGUUCAUCGCAAAGAUUACCCUCCACCUAAAGCUCGGCAGCUCGCACUGAGGGAGAAAGAGAAGCAAGUGGAGAGAAUUAGGCUAAAGGAGAAGGCGAGAGAGAAGGAGCGCUACGAGCAGAGAGAUAGCACUGAUGGAAGUUCACCUUCAAAACAAAGCAACACUUCUAGGCCGGUCUUACCAAGGUCCACUUCCAGCAGAGACAAGGACAUGCAGAUCACUGUUUUUCAAAACGAGGGGAACCAAAGCAGAGAGAGAGAUCACAGAGCGACCAAAAGCAACGACAGAGAGCGAAGCAGAGAUGGGGAGCUCCCUUUAACUGCGAGCCAGACGGCAGCACGAGACAGAGCUAUCCAACAGAAGAGGAGAGAGAUAGAUGAGGUGUACUACCAGGAGUGUGAAAUGUUCGGCCUUGUAGCGAAGAUGCUGAUUGCAAAGGAUCCAUCCCUGGAGCGUCCCAUCCAGUCGUCACUGCAGGAGAACCUGCGGGACAUUGGCAAGCGCUGUGUGAAGGCUAUGGAGAGAUUUAUUGAGGACUAUGACUCCAGGGAAAUUUUGCACUAAUCACACACACACACACGCACACAGCUUUGUGUCUUUAGUGACAGUGAUCUUCAAUGAGACCUACAGAAUGAAAUUUCAUUUGACCUAGGACAGCUUUUAGUGUUUUCUUGUGUAACCUACUGAAAUGUUUUUAAAUGCUUCCUGACAGCAUUUUACACUGUUUCCAGUCUGUUGGAAAAUGAAAAAGCGAUGCUGAAGAUUUUACUGUGAUUGUAAAAUGUACACACUAGUGAUAUUAUUGACUAAGCAGGAUAUUGAAAUAGCCAUUGGCCCUGACACUAAUUUCUUCAAACACAAUAAUCACUAUCGUAGUUGCUAUAAUGGUGAUCAAUUAUUCUUUUAAAAUUGCCAACUGUGUUUCAAUUAGUCAUUUAAGUUGCAAGAGUCUAUAUGCUGAAUACCAAAAUAAUAAAGAGUAUUUGAGUCUGUU